AUGAUUGCCUACCACAGAGAUGGACCACCUCUCUCUUCACAUGCACGCUCUACCGAAGCCGAAGCUCCUUGUCUGGAGGUCUCCUUCAAGACACAUUUCCAGGAAGUGCUGGAGAAUUUGACAUUUUGCAAGUUAAUCUGCAAGCAUUUGCUGGAUCCUAAGUACCUCCACACAUUUGUGGACAAUCCUGAGGCUGCGGCUAAGCGAGUCAAGUCCAAUAGGGUUCUCAACAAACAGAAGGGAGAACUGAUCAAGAAGGGCAAAAGGAUGGAGGCCGCUAUUGCUGCUGCUACUGCUGGUGCUAUGAAAAUCUCCCAUUGA